AAACACAACACAAGACACAACAUACCUUCUUUUUCUUUCAUCGGUUUCCUCAUAAAACCCCUUCCACUCUCUUGCUCAUCACCUUAUCUAUUAAUUCCACCUCCAUUUCCUCCUCAAACCUAUACAAAAUGUCCGGCUAUUUUCCUCAGCCUCCACCACUCCCAAUGCCCUUCACCGCCACUGUCAACGGCGGAGCUACUCCCAUCACCGCCAUUCCUCAACCUGUUGAUAACACUGCCAUUAUCAAUGAUAAUCCUCCUCCAUCUCCAUCUCCAUCUUCAUCUUCUUCCUUCAUUAUAGUUAUCAUCGUUAUUGCUUCUGCUAUUAUCGUUUCCGCUACUAUAUACCUCAUCCUUCGCCUCCUCUCACGGCGGUUCCACCGCUCUUUCCGUACAUACGCCGCCGCUGACGACGUCGUAUCACAUUCCGCUGCUGCUACGGCUGUUAACGGAAACCGUUGCUUAGAGAACCAAAGGAGUAUCGAAGAUGAGAAGUUGCUUGAUUCGUUACCGCUUUUUAAGUUCGGUUCAGUUACUGGUAACUUAACUGGUGUUGACUGUGCCGUUUGCUUAUCAAAAUUCGAACCGGACGAUCAGUUGAGACUACUUCCGUUAUGUUGUCACGCGUUUCAUAGCAGUUGUAUAGACGCGUGGCUUGUAACGAACCAGACUUGUCCGCUUUGCAGGUCUACUGUAUACCCUACAGACGAAGACGUGUUAAGUAAAGUAUUAGCUUCAGAAAAUAAUGAGCUACAGCGUAAUGGUAGUUUUCGUAUUGAAAUCGGUAGUAUAAGUCACCGACGUGGCGGUGGUUCAGAUUCCGUCAGUAAUCAGAGAUCAUAUUCUGUGGGCUCAUUUGAUUACAUUGUGGAUGACGGUUACGAAGUUUCAGUUAACUCUAUUCAUCGGAGAGGUGUUUCUGAAUGUUCUGAUAAGGAAUCAUCGAUUGGUGUUGCUGUACCGGCGCCACCUGGUGAGAGUAUAGCUUCUGAUAUUUCUGGUGGUGGUGGACGGAGUUGGCUAAGGGAUUAUGUUGAUAGAAUUGGUUCGUUUUCUCUAUCGUCUCGAUCAACGUCGUUUCGAAGCUCUGGUAGGUUUUUCAACGGAAGUGGCCGACGGAGCGAUACUGUUGUUCCUAUUGAUGAUUUGGAAGCUGGUCGGAUUGGGGAAGAGAUUAGUGAAUUGUUUCGAUGGCUUUCAGGGGUAUGAAUUUGUAUAUUCAUUAGAAAUACAGGGGCAAAAGCGUCUUUAAAUAUACUUGCUAUUUCCACUCUCAUAUCCAUUAUUUUUGUGAGUGCAUUUUUGCAACUCUGGAAAAAAAAAAUAGGACCAAUUGGAGUGUACAUAAUAGGAACAAUUUAAAUCUUUUUUUACUUUUCUUUUUCAUUUUCCUUUUUUAUCUUAGGUAAAGCUUGUCGAAGAAUGGUAAUGAUUCUAUUUCUUUACAGUUGACGAGGAUUUCAAAAAAAAUCACGAGUCAAGAUAGCACUAUUUUUGGAGUGAUUGUUGGGAUUGAAUAGUUAGUGGUGAGUUGGUUGGGGGUUCAAAUUUAAUAUGUAAAAUCAUAUCCGAAACUAGUGUUCUCAUUAAUAUUUCAACUUGCUUGGAACUU